AUGAAAACUUAGGUUCAAUACUAAAAAAUUCUGAAAAUAUCAUCACAUUUCAAAUAAUCCAAAACCACUACAUCUCCAACAAACUCAAAAAAAAGAGUUAAAUCUGCUACUAUGUUAAAAUAACAACCGAAUGAAAAAUUGAUCAACUCUACCACAAGAGAUGAAGAAACUACUAGAAAUAUAUUAGAUAGUAUAAGACUUGAUAAUGAUUACAAAUAAUUUAAUGAAGAUGAUUAAGUCAAAAAAAUAGAAAAUUACAAAUACCAACAUGAAAAAGAUUAAUGUUACAUUACACAUCUAUAACAAUAAGUUAAAGAUUUAGAAUAAUAAUUGAUCUAAAUUUAAACUAAAUAAAAAUCAAUCAUGUAACCAAUCAAAAAUAAUGCCAAAAUAUUAAUGGAUAGAAUCUCUUAUUUAGAAAUUGCUAAAACUCAAUAUUCUACAGAAGAAGAGAAACUAUCGUAAUGUUUAUAAUAAGUUCUUGAUCAUAAUUACUAAAUCAAUCUUGCUUAUGAAAAGAAAUGUCAAGAAAUUGAAAAACUUAAAUUGCUUAAAUAAAUUCCCUGA